AUGCUUGCCACAUUCACCAUCAGGGACACGCCUUUCCCAGAAUUCAGUGCGGUGGUAAUGCUGGUGGACCAUGUCCAGCAUCUUUAUGAUGACUCGAGUGUGAAAACAGCUCUCCAACGUGAACUCAAGUGGGCCGAGGACGGCGUACUGAAGAUGGAUACCAGUAGGAGUGUCACGAUAAACGGUCUACAUGUACAACAGAGACUGUCCGACUGUGAAUUACUCGACCAUGACCAGCCAGGCCCGAUGUUUGUGCAUGAUGCCUUUAAUGGUGUGAGUGGAGACCACCUGUCCGCCAACAAACACCAGUACAGUUUCAGGAGCCAGUGGCAUUGGCCCGCUAUGUGGGACAUACUGGUGGCUGACCAGGUGAAGUGGCUCCAUAAAAGCUUGUACCACCCUAUCUGUCUAAGAACCAUUAGGACAUACCUGCACAAACACAAGAAGCACCUGUUAAGGAAAGUGAAGCCCAAAGUUAGGCUCCUCCAGAAGAGACUCCCAGACUCUGAGGGGAUUAGAGUGACCUGCCUGGCCACUGGUUUCUACCCCCGUCACAUCAACCUGACCCUGCUCAGAGACGGCCAGCCUGUGCCUGACCAGCAGAUCACUGGGGGGGAGCUGCUACCUAAUGGAGAUGAGACGUACCAGAUGAGGAAGAGCCUGGAGGUCAGCAGAGAGGAGCUACAGCAGCAUCACUAUACGUGUACAGCUCAACACCUCAGUCUGGACAACAAACUGGACAUACACCUGGACUGA